AUGGAAGCUUAUGAGUUUCGGCCCGAGGAAGAGGAGGAGCAACGAGGUGCAUCUGCUCCUACUUCUAAUGAUGUCCCAAACACACCCAAUGCAAGUAUCGCUCAGUGGGUCGAUGAGCUUGGGGUUUUCAUAUAUACGAAUGACGAUGGAAUCUCCUACGAAUACGAUCAAACAAAAAAGGCCUGGUAUCCAAGAUAUGACGAGAAGCUGGUCGCUGAACAGCAGUCUAUAUAUGGUGGUAACAAUGAUAUGAUCCAAUCUUCACUGCCGUCAUCAACUGCUGAAAACGCACAGGCUGCCAUAAGCAACAAGUCGAAAAAGCGGAAGGUGUAUACUAUGGACGAGGAAUCAAAGGACGCCAACAAGAAAAAGAAGCCAGACCAGCCACCAAAGGCAAACACGUCCAUCUACGUUACUGGGCUACCGCCAAAUACCGACGCUGACGAAGUCAAACAAGUAUUCAGUAAAUAUGGAAUCAUUGCGGAAGACAUUACCACUGGUCAACCGCGAAUCAAGCUAUACAAGGACGACUCGGGUGUUCUAAAAGGAGACGCUCUCAUUACAUACUUCAAGCCUGAAUCUGUACAGUUGGCCAUUAAUUUAAUGGACGAUUGCGAGUACAGGUUUGGUGAAGUGUCCAAAGUUCAUGUAGCUGAGGCCGUCUUCCAACCCAAGGAGAGGCCACCACAAGAAAAGAAGUCUGGGAAUCAAAAGGCAAGCAAGGUGGUUGCUCAAAAGAAGCUUCAUCAGCUGAAAAGGAAACUGGAUUGGACUGAAGACGAGAUUGGAGCCAAAUCUGAGAAACUACGUAAAGUUGUAGUCUUGAAACACAUGUUUACUCAACAAGAAUUGGAGGAGGAUCCGACAUUGAUUCUGGAUUUGAAGGCUGAAGUACGAGAAGAAUGUGAAAAGUUUGGAGAGGUUACAAAUGUUAUCAUGUUCGAUAAAUCUGAUGAAGGAGUGCUGACUGUUCGUUUCAAGGAGCAAGAAGGAGCUGAUGCCUGUGUACAAAAAAUGAAUGCACGGUUCUUUGCAGGACGACGAGUUGAAGCAUACUUGUAUGAUGGCAAGGAAAAGUUUGCCAAAUCGACAGGAAACGAGACAGAGGAAGACCAAGAAGAGAGGAGGAAAAAUUACGAGCAAUGGCUGGAAGCAGGAGGAUCAUAA